AUGGAUCAAUAUCAAAAACAAAUUCUUUGCGCUCAACAAGAGAUUACUAAACUGAAAGGGGAUAAGAUAGAUAAACGCAACCUACUUGAGCAAACACUUGAGUACUUUAAUCAACAACAAACGCGUAUAGAUGAUUUAGAGUCUGUAUUGACGUCUGUAAGAGAAUGGAUAGAGGAUCGAUUAGCUGGACUCGAGAAAGUAAUUGAUGAGAAGAAGGCGCAAAUAGAAAGAUUAUUUGAUGACAUGAAGACGACAGCCUAUCAAUUACGAGCCACCUUUCAUCAUGAUGGCAAGAGUGGUACAGGACAUUAUUGGGCUUAUAUUUGGGUAGAGACGUCUUUAUCUGAAGGUAGAUGGUUCAAGUUUUGUGAUGCAAUUGUAACACCUGCUACUGAGCAAGAUAUCUUGAAUGAUCCCAUCCCACCCUUUUCUUUCAUCUAUGUCAGUGAUGCAUUGCCUAAAGUGACUAAAGAGCAACUCUAUGAUUGUAUACCCGAUACUCUAAAGGAAUUUAUUCAAGUGGAUAAUGAAUCAUUUACAAAAGAAAUAUAUGCACAUGAUCAUCCAAUGGAAGAUACAAUGUUAAUUUCAACUACUAAUACUACUACUACGUCAGAUGAUGAUGUUGGAUUUAUAGAAAAGACGUCAUCUGAUUCAGUUCAUUUUAUGGACUCAUCCAUCCUUUUGGAUGAUUCUUCUGUGGGUACAGCAGUGAAUCAAGGACAAACAGAAGAGGCCCAUCACUAUUCAUUUAGUGGAUCUAGACUCAAAAAUCGUGUUAAUUCAAAGAUUGUUGAAGUGUCAAGUUAUUCUUCUGAUGAUGAUCGAUUCCUAAAGAGUUUCGAGAACUUUUUAGCGAGAGCCCAAAAUCAAUUAAGUUUAGAGCAUUUAUAUUUGUUUUAUUCGACUGAAAAGGAAGGGGAUGCUGUAGUGAUUAAUGAAGAGGCAUCAGAGCAAGAUGAAGAAUUAAAAUCGAUUUGGAAAGAAUAUAGAGCUUAUUUGAAAAUUGGAGAAAUGGUAGUCAAGUCACUUUCUUAUUUUGUAAACCAAGACUAUUCUCGUGCUUUACAAGGAUUUUUAGAUAGUAAACGAGCAGAAGCAUCAUGGAAAACACAAAUUAUGUUGGAUACAGAAGUCUGUAAUGAUUAUACAGGCUUAGAUACUUUAUCAUUUUAUCCCAUUAUUUUAAAAUAUGGUAAAAAAUGUCUUGAGAUAUUAAAUGAAAAUGCCUUUAAAAAGGCACUUCAUGCAUCGUACAGAACAAGAGGCUUAGAAGAAGGCAUACGAAUUGCCUAUCAAGCACAUUCAAUCAUUCGACCUGAUAAUAUUACACAAGAUCCGUUCUAUCAAUCCCUGGGUCAAUUAUGGUUAUCUUUUACAGAGCAAUGGAGUGAGUUAACAGAAAGUCAAGGAGAUUUGCUGAAUACAUUGAUUAUGAUUUAUUUGGAAGGACAGAUUAGUGGUAUUCAUACUGGGAGUAGAAGCAGUUCACCUAUACCCAAUCAAGAUAGUGAUGAUGAUGAUGAUAAUGGAUUCAUGUUGUGGCAAAAAUAUAAACAACUUUGUAUAGAGUCUGAUAUGUUACUUGAUAGUCUUUCAAACAAAUAA